AUGAGAUCAAAUAUAGCUUUGAGGUUGAGAAAAUCAAUCGAACGGGAAAAGUAUGAUUCCACAUAGAAGUUCUCAUUACAUGCAUUUAGUAUACAUUAAGCACCUAGCCCCAAGAGAACAGCUCAUUAGACUCCAAUCAGGGGGAAAUAUUAAAUACUACAAAAAAGAAAAUCUUUCAAUGAGUAGAAAGUAAAUGACAAAACACAGCUCUUAAAGAAAAUCGAAUACUUUAACUCAGUGAAUAUAACAUUAGAAAACUAAUAAAUAAAAGACUAAAAUAAAAGUAUUCAAUAUAGAAAAGAUAACCGUUAAAAAUCAGAGGACAAGAUACUUAGGUUGGGUACUCUUACAAAUUAUAUGUCUGAGGAAUAAUCAAAGCCUGGAGAUUAACAAGAAAGACAGCGCAAAAAAUAUUCACUUCCAAUUUUGAAAAAAAGAUCCUCUCCAUCUCCUUAACUUUAAGAUUCUCAAACUAUACCACCAAUGCCAAUAAUCACAGAGUUAACUUACACAAAAUUAGCACCUAAUGAAAUUAAUAAAGUUUAAAAUAAAGAGAUAAAAGAACUUCCUGAAUCAACAGAAAGAAUCCUCGAUUUAUUAUUGCUUAAUACUUGUGAUCUAAAAAAAGUAUUCCAACAAUAAAAAUAAAAGAAUAAAAGAAAAAUAAUAGUAUAAGGAAGAAUCCCUCAAGAUUUUUUCAACAUAUUGAAAUAAUUUUGA